GCGGCGCGCGCGGCGGCUGGUUGGCGAGGCGCGCGGGCUGUUGUGCUCCGGCGCUCGCUUUUUUUUUUCCCCCUUCAGCGGCUGGUGGAGGAGGCCGAAGCGGUGCAGGAAGCGUUCCCCCUUCCCCUUUCUGCGACCUGCCCCGGCCCUCUAAGCGCUGCUGCGUGGUCUCUCGGACCAGGACUGUCCCGGCCCCGGAUAUGGCUCGUGGACAGCAGAAGAUCCAGUCUCAGCAGAAAAAUGCCAAAAAGCAAGCUGGACAAAAGAAGAAGCAAGGACAUGACCAAAAGGCUGCUGCCAAAGCUGCCUUGAUAUAUACCUGCACUGUCUGUAGGACACAAAUGCCAGACCCUAAGACCUUCAAGCAGCACUUUGAAAGCAAGCAUCCGAAGACUCCACUUCCUCCAGAAUUGGCUGAUGUUCAGGCAUAAAGUUGUUUACAGGUGAAUUCAUGACUCCUGACUCUUCUACUGUCUCAGACCUUAGGUAACAAACCUGCGGCUGCUUUUCUAACAAACUGUUGAUCAGCAAAAAUAAAGGGGCUACAGAAACACUCAUUUUUAUGCUGUUCCCUUUUGGGCUUCAUGCAAAGACAAUUCUGUGUAAAUGUACAGUUGACUCUGAUUUGGAAAUCUGAAAAUCAGUCCAUCCUUGUUAUAAAAAUUUUUUUACAAUUGUAAUUAUAUUGAUGUUCAUAUUGUGUAAAAUAACUCAUUUAAUAAAGUAGUACUUUGAUUUUACAACAUCACAGGACAAAUGGUUCUAGAAAUUCUGUUCUAACUUUACACAUUAUUUGCCUUAUACAAACCAAUGAAUUCACUCUAUAGAAUUGCAAGAGUAGUUCUUUCAGGUCAGUGGCAGGUUCGUUAGUUAAACUAGACUUGUUCAUUAAAAUUGUGCGUGUGGUUUUAUUGGCAGCUGACCUAGGUGAGGAAUAAUGGUCUGCUGCCUUCGUGUAUUGGAAUUGAGUCAUUGCCCUACGAUCAUUUCUCAUGUUUGAAAUUGGAGUGUUUAAACUCAGUGUAUGACAUAUUAGCUGCCAGCCAGGUGUGCCCUGUAAAUAACGAAUAAAUUCCUUUAAAAAAAAAAGGCAGUUCUGGAUUAUCAGCCUAUGUGAAAGAUUAGGUUUUAAAGAAUAGACCAUAAAUGAAAUGAUCAUUAAGCCUGUUGUUCUGUUCCUGAUGAAUGGACAUGGUAAAACCAAUAAAGAUCUACUUUUUAUAAAUUAUAUUGGAGUCUGGAAAUUCCAAGUUCUUCAAUAGGAAGAUUGGAAUGUCUAGUGGCUGGGUUAAUUCCCAGCACCCUCUCUUCCUUAUUUCCUAAAUGAGUGGUUGAUUUUCGGAGUUUCCUUUUGUGCUCAUUCCUAAACUCGGACUUGUGUGUAUGAUAUGACUUCUGUCCGAGCAAGAGAAUAUUAAAUUAGGCCAGCGUUCACAUUUUUUUGGAUGUAAGGAUGGGAAAAAAGGAGUUUGCUCAGUGGAUGAAGUGGAUGAAAUCCCAAUUAGAGAAGAUUUGCUUUUAGUUUUUUCUGUCGGCUAUUGUACAAGUAGAACUCUUCUAACAUUGAAUAGCUUUUAAAAUUAGCAUAAUCAGAAGAACGCUAAGUAUUUCCUGGUAACUGCUGAAAGCUGCAAAUGUGCUCCGUGGAUUUUAAAGUGCAUUCCCUGUUUGCUACAACUCCUCACUGCGUUUGUUCUGUGGUUCUGAAUAUUCUGCCCACAGUGUUGGUCUUCACUGUUAGUGUCCUCCCUAAAGUCAGAUACUCCAAGGAGAAGCUUCAGUGCUGCACCUGUUCUCAUGCCCUUACUUUAAAAGACACUCCUGCUUUGUUAAUAAUCUAAGUUUCAAACUUACUGUUUCACUUCCUAAUAUGUUGAUUACCAGGACAUUAGAACUUAAUGUCUUGCGAUAACUAUUACAGUUCUGGUUAAAUUAGUUUAAAAGUUAAAAAAUGCUUUGAGCAUAUGUAUGUUUAUAUUUAGUAAGAAAUCAUCUAAAAGUCAUUCUUGAGUUUAGUUUUUUUUUUUUCAUUUGUCUUACUGUAAUUCAGAAUAAAAGUUUUUUUUUUUUCUCUUGUUCUUGUAUUUAACACUUUUAUUAUAAGCAGCUGAAGACACCAUAUUUAACCCAGUAUUUCAAAUGGGGAAUAGCCGCAAUGAUCUUAGCUGAGAUAUUAAUUAUGAUACUUCAUAUGGAGAUUAAUAUAACAAAAAGGGAUUUUACUAAUCUGAUAGAAGGUGAAAAUUGCAAGCGUAUCUUAACAUCUUUGUAAUUUGGUUUGAAGAUUCUCUAACAGAUCACAGCAAAGUUCAUUAUAAACCUUAUGGUGUCUUCAAAAGACUUGCUAAAAAAGUACACUGAGAGAGAAAUGUUCUCUUUUUUCUGUAUUCCCAUCAGUUGCGAAAAGGAAUGGGGUUAAGAUUAAACUUGUUUCCUUUUUCUUCAUCUGAACGUGCAUCCCCAUGUUUAACUGACACUGGGGGCUCAGUUGUGUGCUGUAAUGUCUUAUUAAAGAAGAUAUU